AUGUGGCUGAUUCGUUCCGGACGGCACUCGUCAACCGCCCUUGGCCGCCCCAGCCCGGAGUGCUCGAUCAUGGUCGUGAUCGCGUGGUUCGCCCUUGCGAACAUCUGUGCUUUCGCAACCCUGGCUGGAGCAGAGGCAUGCGACUCCAAUCGGACGCUCUUCGUGAGGGGAUCGCCAAUCACCGGUGGCGUGAACGGCAUCGUGUUCGACGGCCAAGACAGGCUGUACGCCGCAUCCGUCUUCAGCAGCGAGAUCGUCGUUCUGGACCCAAGCAACGGCGAAAUUCUGGAACGUUAUGGAAAGGAGAGAGGCGUGGAAAACCCCGAUGACCUUUUCGUCUCCCCGGACGGCAGCAUCUUCUGGACGGCGAUAUUCACCGGAGACGUCGGGCGCCUGUGGCCCAACGGGGAGGGGAGGGUUGUUGCAAAACUGGGCCCCGGGGUGAACCCCAUAACCAUGUCCGAUGACGGGAGGCUUUUCGUGGGGCUUUGCUUUUUUGGAAACGGCCUUUACGAGGUGGACCCGGAGGGUGCGCGGGCGCCGCGCAGCGUGACGGAUGAGCUGACCGGCGAGUGCUCCAUCAACGGCAUGGACUUUGGCCCAGACGGCCGCCUGUUCGGUCCCACGUUCUUCAACGGGACCGUGGUGGGCGUGGACGUCGAUGACGGCGAGGUCGAGGUUGUGGGCAAGGGCUUCGACAGGCCCGUGGCGCUGAAAUUCGACGGGCGAGGGGUGGCGCACGUGCUGGACUUGGCCAACCUGUCCGUGUCUUCCCUGGACGUGUCCACCGGACGGGUGGGCAACGUGCGGACUCUGUCCGACCAGCACAGCCCGGACAACCUCGCAUUCGAUUCGGCGGAUCGCCUUUUCGUGUCGCACCAAGACAGCGCGAUCCUGGAGAUCAUGGGGAAUGGAUCAAUGAGGGCAGUGCUGCCCGGGGGGCUGACUAAUCCCAGCGGCCUGGCGGUGGUCGCCAGGCCGGACGGGGGCGAGUCGGUCUUCGCGGGUUCCAUGACGUCCAUGAACGAGUUUGAUGGCGCGACUGGGGAGCUCAUAUACGCCUGGACGGCGAAUUUCGAGGGCUCUGAUUUUCAGGGCACUUUCACAAUGGCGACGGAUGGCUCGCGCCUGCUGGUCACCACGGCUUUCACCAACUCGGUGCAGAUUCUGGACCCGGUGGCGCGGAGCAUCCUCGUGACGCGUAUGGAUUUCGACACCCCCCUCAACGCCAUUUUUUUCAGGGACGGCUUUUUGGUGUCGGAAAUGGGGAGCGAGGGCGUCGUCUUGGCGUCGGUGUCGAACUCCUCCCAAAGGACGGUGUUGGCACGGGACUUGGGACUGUUCACGGGCCUGGCGGCCACCGAGGACAACGCAUGGGGCGUCGAGUGGACCAACGGCUCUUUGUUCCAGCUUGUGAAGGACGGCAGCCCGGUCGGAGAGCCUGUGGUGGUCGCCACCGGGCUGCAACGCCCCGAGGGAAUGGCAGUGUGGCGGGAUGGGCGGCUGCUCGUUGUGGAGACGGGCGCGGGGCGCCUGUCGCUCGUCGACCCCAAGAGUGGCGACAAGGUUGUUGUGGAAGAAGGGCUGGCCCUUGGGCUGGAGGCGCUGCCUCAACAGGUUCCCACGUGGACGUUCAGCGACGUGGCCGUGUCCCCGUCGGGAUCCGUCUACGUGAACAGCGACAAAGACAACGCUUUGUAUCGGAUCGACAUCGAGGGCUGCACUCGUGAAUGA